AUGGCGUCGACGAACAGCGAAACGCCUGCCUUGGCCACCAACCCCAAGUUCAUAUUUUUCACAGAUUUCGACGGCACAGUCACCACCGCCGACUCCAAUGACUUCAUGACCGACAACCUGGGGUUCGGCAAGGCGAAGCGCGUCGAAUCUAACAAGGGGGUCCUAUUCGGCCAUGUGCACUUCCGCGACUCCUUCCAGGAAAUGCUCGACAGCAUCAACACCCCCUUUGACGAGUGCCUCGAAAUUCUCAAGAAGAACAUCGUCCUCGACCCCGGCUUCGCCGAGUUCUACAACUGGUCUCGCGAGAACAAUGUGCCCAUUGUUAUUCUGAGUGGUGGCAUGGAGCCCGUCAUCAGAGUUCUCCUGGACAUUUUGCUGGGCCCUGGCUGGGAUAUCCAGAUUGUCAGCAACGACGUUACAAGCAGGGAGGGCAAGGAUCUCAAUGAGAAGGGUGGCUGGACCAUCAAGUUCCACGACGACAGUAUUCACGGACACGACAAGUCUAUCGAGAUCCGAAAAUAUUCUUCUCUGCCCAACAGGCCGACGCUGUUCUACGCAGGUGACGGAGUCUCCGAUCUGUCAGCUGCCAAGGAGACCGACCUGCUCUUCGCCAAGGCCGACAAGGAUCUUGUCACCUACUGCGAGAAUGAGAAGGUCCCAUUUGUUACUUUCCGCGACUGGACCACGAUUACUCAGACCGUCAAAGAUAUUGUUGCCGGCAAGACUAACGUCCAAGAAGCCGCCAAGGGUCGGAUUUGA